UUGUGAAAUGACUAGAUAAUGAGAAGUGUGUGUGUCAAAGUCCAAGCCUGAACACACACAGUGAGUUUGUGUGCAGCGACAUGGAGGAGCAGAAGAAGAAGAUUCUGUGUGUGGGUCUGGUGUGUCUCGACAUCAUCAACGUGGUCGACAAAUACCCAGAAGAAGACACAGACAGCAGGUGUUUGUCGCAGCGUUGGCAGCGAGGAGGAAACGCUUCAAACUCCUGCACCGUGCUGUCGCUGCUCGGAGCGCCGAGCGCCUUCAUGGGCUCGCUGUCUGCUGGACCUGUGGCUGAUUUCAUCAUGGGCGACUUCUCGCGGCGUUCGGUCGAUGUCUCGGCGGUGGUUUGGCAGACGGAAGGUCAAACUCCGUCUGCGUGUUGUGUUGUUUGUCCGUCCACCGGAUCUCGAACCGUUGUUCUCUACGACACGAACCUUCCUGAUGUCACAGCGGAGGAAUUCUCCAAAGUCGAUCUCCGUAAAUUCAAGUGGAUCCACUUUGAGGGCCGUAAUGCUGAGGAGCAGGUGAAGAUGCUCCAGCAGGUAGGGACGUAUAACAGCACGUUGCCACGGCAGCAGAGGAUCACCGUCUCCGUGGAGAUAGAGAAGACCAGAGAGCCGCUGUAUCAGCUGUUUCCUCACGGUGACGUGAUGUUUGUCAGUAAAGACGUGGCCCGUCACUUCGGCUUCCUGACGGCUGAAGCUGCUCUGAAAGGACUCUACAGUCGGGUCAAACAGGGGGCUGUCCUGGUUUGUGCCUGGGCAGAAAAAGGAGCGGAUGCUUUGGGUCCUGACGGUUCCGUCGUUCAUUCAGAUGCGUUUCCUCCCGAAACUGAGACUCACACUGUCAACGACAUACUCAACAAUGGAGCCGGAGACACUUUCAACUCUGCCGUCAUCUACACACUGUCCAACGGUGGGAGUUUGCAGGACGCACUGACCUUCGGCUGCAGGGUCGCCGGCAGGAAGUGUGGUUUCCACGGUUACGACGGCAUCGCCGAAAUCUUUGGCAACUGACUGAAGAGUUUAAAACAGUGACUGAUUCAAAGAACUGUGUUGACAGUCUGAGAUUACUCACUCCAUACACAAUUAUGAGUUAAAAACACAGAUUUUUAUUUUUAAUGAAAUAAAAAACAAACUCAUGAUUUUUAUUCAGCACUCAAAUUACAAUAAAUUCUAUUUAAUUAUCAGUUUGAAAAGUAAAACUCCAUAAAAACGGAUUAACACAUCAAGUGUCUGAGCUGCAUGUUUACAACUAAUAAUUUAUUAUUUGUUAAUGAAUUAAAGUGGCAGUAAACAGGUCUUUUGCUUUAACUUAUCAUUAUGAAGUAAAUGUUGAUUGCCCAAAAUAAUGGAUACAGAAUAAUGACACCAUCUGCGUUGAGAUUGGUUCCCCAUAAUUAUAAGUCUGUCUGACACGGGUCAGGAUCUCCUGGGAAAAUGAAGGCUCGAUUUACGGCACAAAGGAAGAGUAUGGCGCUUAAAUUGUAUCUAUGCUUGUAAAGGUAAUAAAAUAAUAUCUAACAAUGUCAUCUGCAGCCUAUAACAUCUACACUUUUGUUCUUACCUUUCACAAUAAGAGCCCUAGACAAAUGUGCUGCUUUAGGGUAGCCAUGUUGCUAAAUGUGUUGUUGUUGUCUUUGAAGAAAACAAGUGAUCCAGUUGUCUUGGCGACAGCGGCACCAAUAAUUUUACCUAAUUAAAGUUGCCACUUUAUCUGAUGAAUAACAGAUUAAUAAAACUAUAAAUAGAAAAUAAUUAACAUAAGUAAUGAUAAAUAACUGAUACAUCACUAUUUGAUAAUUGGUCUUGAGCUGAUAUAACAUAAACUUAACUAUUAACAAGCUGCUAAUAAAAUAGUCAAGUGUAAAUUAACUGUGUGAUGCUGUGACUUUAAAUGAAGUAACAUCUUGUUAAAAUGAUUUCAUUGCUGUAUUUCUUUUUUUACCUGAUGAGAAUAAAAUCUGUCAAACAA